AUGACUAACGCUCCUAGUACAAUAAAUAUUGACGAACUUUUCAACGUUAGUUCAGAUAAUGAGAAUGAUAAUUCGGAAUUACAAAAUGGCGAAAGCAAGAAGAAAACCAAAUUAAGCGAAGUUAAUGUUCCGACUACUCCGGAGAUUGUGAACCAGGCAUUAACUGCUCGUAAAUAUCAAAUUGAGCUGUACGAAAAAGCUAAGAAUGAUAAUGUAAUAGCAGUUUUGGAUACUGGAAGCGGAAAAACUUUCAUUGCUGUAAUGUUAAUAAAAGAAAUUGCAACAAAUGAGCGGGAGCUUAGGAUGACUAGACGAGAGACCAAACUCACAUUCUUUCUGGUAAAUCUCGUACCUCUGGUUUUUCAACAAGCCAGCGUGAUCAAUGCAAAUUGCGAUUUAAAAGUUAAGCACUUUUGUGGAGAAAUGGGUGUCGAUUUAUGGAGUGAAAAACAAUGGCGAAAUUAUUUUGAAAAUUUUGAUGUAUUAGUUAUGACUGCACAAAUUUUUUUAAAUAUUCUACGUCACGGAUUCAUUUCCUUGACACAGGUUAAUCUAUUAGUUUUUGAUGAGUGCCAUCACGCUUCGAAAAAACAUCCAUAUAACUUAAUUAUGAGAGAGUUUUAUGAUCGAUGUCCUGAAGAACAAAGGCCAAAAAUAUUCGGUAUGACGGCAUCUCCUGUAAAUACCCGUAGUACUCUUCAUUCUGCCAGUAGUCACCUUGAGCAUAAUCUAAAUGCUAAAGUAUUCACGGCUAGUGAUACUGAUGAACUUCGUAGAUUUAUCAAUCGUCCUGAGGAGAUAGCAAUAAGAUAUGACCCUCCACCAGAAUACGAAGAAACUGUACUUUACAAGUCACUUUGGAAAGAAUGUCUUGGUGCAGAGAAAUUUCAAAGAGCGUUUGGAAGUGCUGUACAAGCUCUCCAAGUUCUUGGCCCUUGGUGUUCGGAUCAGGUCUGGAAAUAUAUAUUGGAUGAAUUAAAUGAAAAUAAAUGUGAUGCAAAGUUAUUAGCUCCAGAGUUGAUUAAUAAUGUGGAUUUACAAGAAGAACAACGUCUAAUGCAAAAGGUGUUAGAUAUUGUCCGCGAUUGGUCUUUUCCACCCCCUAUAUGCGAUCCUAAUAUUCUAUCCCCAAAAGUCAUAAAAUUGAUAAAAGUUUUGGAUUGUUUUCAAAAACAGUCUGAUGAAUUUUGUGGCAUAGUAUUUGUUGAACGUCGUCAUACUGCUAAUGUGUUGCAUUAUUUAUUGGAAGAGAUUGGUACUUUAGAUUUUAUAAAAUCUGAUGUCUUGGUUGGGCAUGGUUCUAGUGAAGAAGGAGACUUGCAAAUGAAAUUCAAGAAACAGAACAAAACUAUUAACUCGUUUCGCGAUGGAAAAAUCAAUUUAUUAAUUGCCACUAAUGUAGCAGAAGAAGGUUUAGAUAUCCAACCCUGCAAUGUCGUUAUUAGGUUUGACUUCUUUAAUACAUUGAGAGCUUAUAUUCAAUCUCGAGGCAGGGCUCGCCGUAAAGAUUCAAAGUAUAUUGUAAUGGUAGAAAGUGGAAAUCUUAAAGAACAUGGUUUACUCAGAGAAAUGCGAAAAGCUGAGAGCGAUAUGAAGGCUUGUUAUGAAUCAGCUGUUUCGUUAAUCGGUUAUUAUUGUUCAAGGCUUCCUGCAGACAGUUAUUGUAUGUUGCAACCGGAUUUUACUUUUACAAAAGAAUACGUUGGAUAUACUUGUAAUCUUAAAUUACCAAAUAAUGCACCAAUUCGUGAAGUUAUUAGUGAAGUUUGUAGUAGUAGAAGUAAAGCAAAAAAAGCUGCUGCGUUUAAAGCUUGUCUACAAUUAUACGAAAAAAAGGCAUUAGAUGAUCAUCUAUUACCAGAAGAAGUAUGGAUCGAAGAAGAUCAUGAAAUGACAAAACCGUCCAAGGAUGAACAUGGUUUGGUUGAAGGAGCAAAAAAAUCUAAGAGAGAGUAUCUCUUGAAAUCUCCAGACUUAUGGACUAUUGAAGAAGAUCAGCCCAAAAUUCCAGAAGAACUUUAUGGCACUAUUCUAAAGUUAGACAUGGAAGAUGAAAAGUAUGACGGAUACUCAUAUCGCACCCUAUGUUUAUUAACACGUAAACGAUUUCCGGAAACUCCACCAAUUACGUUAUAUUUCCACGGAAUUAAUAAAGUACUUAAUUUGUUUCCUUAUUCGACUCCAAUUAAAGUCAGUCUUGAAAAAAAGGAAAUAGCUUUUAAAUUUACUUUGCGCACAUUUACCUCCAUAGUCAACAAAGAGUUUAUUUGCGAAUUCGAAAAUUUCCCAUACCUUGUCGUACCACUUGUUAGAAAUACGCCUAUAAACGAGCAAACACUUGAUUUCAUUGAUUGGGAAAGUAUGGAAAUAGCUGUUAACGAAAAACAUGCACCUAUUGACCUUAAUAAAGUAUCUGACAUGGAGGAUGCUGUAAUAAUCGAUUAUUCCGACAACUUACGGCGCUAUUUUGUUCAAUCUAUUCGACAUGACCUUUCUCCACUGUCCCCUAUUCCGGAGGGAAUGGUUUUACGUGAAGUUGGUUGUAAAAAUUUUGCAGAAUAUUAUAAAAAGUCAUUUGACUUAGAUAUGAAACAUCCGGAACAACCCUUAUUUCAAGUUCGUAAAAUUUCAAAGGUUAUGAAUUUUUUACAACCCGUACCUGGAGCAAUACCAACAUUAAAAGGUAGAACAGCCACCUUUGUGAUUCCGGAAUUUUGUAAAGAAUAUACAAUUACUGCUUCCAUCUUUAGAUCCGCCCUUAUGUUACCUGCUAUUCUCACUAGAAUUAAUUCUCAACUUUUAGCAUUAGAAUUAAGAUUAAAAAUGGAUUUGCCUAUUAGAGAUGACUUAUUAUUAGUGGCAUUAACGACUCCAUCCGCUAACAUGGAAAUGAAUUACGAACGUCUCGAAACGUUAGGUGACUCAUUCUUAAAAUUUUGUGUGACGAUAAGGUUGUAUGUCAUGUUUCCUGAUAAACAUGAAGGUCAACUUCAUUGCCAACGUAUUAGAAUUAUUUGUAACAAGCAGCUUUAUCGAAGUGCAAAGAAACUGCAUAUCUACGAAUACAUAACGUCACUCCCAUUCAAUCGCAGAGCUUGGAGACCAACCAACAUGAUUACCACAGUUGAUGAACCUGAGAUGUUGGAGCAGUUAAAGAAACAUGGUUUAGCUGACAAAACCCUUGCUGAUGUUAUAGAAGCAAUGUUAGGCGCUGCUUAUUUGAGUGGUAAUGUGGAUGCUGCUCUAAAAUGUGCUGCGGCUGUGGAAGUUCCAUUCGAUGAUAUUACAGAAUGGGAUCAUUUUCAUCAAAAGAAUAAAAACCCUCCACGCGUUAAUCAAAAAGCUCUUAAGUGUGUGGACGUUGAAAAAGUUGAAAAGAUUUGUGAACAUACAUUUAAAAAUAAAAUUUUAAUUGUAGAAGCACUCACUCACGCUAGUUUACCCAACUCUUCAACUUCAUGUUAUCAACGUCUUGAAUUUUUAGGUGAUGCUAUAUUGGAUUUCAUGACGGUCAAAUAUUUAUUUGAAAAAUAUCCUAAUGGGACACCAGGAAUGAUCACAGAUCUAAAAGAUGCAUCUGUUAAUAAUCAGUUCCUUGGAGCUGUUUGUGAAGUAAUAGGACUUCAAAGACAUAUUAUUCAUUUCUCGCCAAAGUUGAUGGCAGGCAUGACCGAUUUUGUAAAUAUUGUAGAUGGAAUGCGAAAUAAGGGUGAAGCUGUUGGAGAAUAUUGGAGCGACUUGGACGUCCCAAAGGUUAUGAGUGACGUUGUUGAAAGUAUGUUGGGAGCUGUUUUCGUGGAUUCAGAGUUUGAUCCAGCUGCGCCGCAGAGAUUAUUUGAUAUUUGGAUAAAACCCAUUUUAGAUGUACACGUUACUCCUGAAACGUUGAAAGUUCAUCCGGUGAAGAAAUUAACAGAAUAUAUGCAAAAAAUAGGAUGCACCAGUUUGUUGUUGAGAAAUCAUACUUCUGAAGAAAAAGAGACAGAAUCUCAACGUUGUACUAUUUUUAUUCAUGAUUCGCCAGUAUCACAUGGGAAGUCAAAUAAUAUUCGUGCAGCAAGAAAGAUAGCAGCUCAAGCGGUUUAUGAUAAAAUCGAAAAUGAACCAGGAUACCUUGAAAGUGUAUGCUCGUGUUCAGCUCUUCCUAAAGAUGAUAAAUUACUUAAUGAAGAUGACGAUGAUGAAGAAUUGUUGGAUUAA